GGAGGAUCCUGUCCGCCGGCAGCAGCAGCAGCAGCAGCGGUACCGAGCUCCUCUCCAUCCUCCCAUGUGUUUGGAAGAAUACGAUCCGGACAUGUGCUGCUAGAACUGACCUGUGUGCAGCUUCAUCUUCUUUUCAAUAACACUGUGAGGUUGGAAACAGGCAGAGGAGGGAAUAUUUGAUCACUCUUUUCCUGAGGAUGCUUCCCUGCUCUUCAUCGGCGCAGAUGGAGGGAUGUGAGGAGGAGAGGGACUCGCACAUGCGAACAGAGUGCAACAGACUGACGGAGGAGAGAGACGAGGCUGAGAGACAACUCAAACACAUCAAGAGAGUGUCUCAGAUGGUGAUUGAGGAGGUGAGCGUUCUGCAGACUCAGCUGGAGAUCGAGAAGUCGUGCCGGGAGAAUGCAGAGGCCCUGGCCACAAAGCUGAACUGUGAGAACAGGAAGUUGAAGUACCUCAGUCUGUCGUCUCGCCCCUGUUUGGACGAGCUGCUGCCCAGCAUCUCAGACUGCAUCGCUCUGGAGGCUGACGCAGACGCAGACGCAGACGCAGACGCUGCUGACGGAAGUCCUGACACCUUCACACAGUACCAACAACAGGUUAAAGAGCUGAGGGAGACGGUGAACACAUUACUGGAGGAGAAGAAGAACUUCAUGUGUCAGAUUCACGAACAGCAGAGACGGAUAGAAGAGCUGAGUUCACAGUCGGAGAAAGAUCAGGCCGAGAUGAAGGAGCUCCGUGAAACUGUUGAUCAACAAAGUAAAACCAUCAAGAGGUUCAACAGAGUGUCCAUGAUGGCGGCUCAGGAGUAUGAAGGGAUGAAGGACCAGCUCGACUUGGAGCAGAGCCUCAGAGUCAAAGCUGAGACCUACGCACACGAGAUGCUGGUGAAGCAGAAGGAGGCCAACAGGCAGAGCAUGCUGCUGCUGCAGAAUGCUGAGCCCAGCGUUCAGCUCCUCAAAGCUCUGGAGGACGUCGCUGCCAUCACCAAAACCCUGGAGGAGGAGCGCCUGCAGCAUCAGCAGAAGGUGGAGAGCCUGGAGGCCCAGCUGGAGCAGAGCUGUGUGAAGAAGCAGCUGGAGGCUCUGCAGAGGCAGCUGGAGCUGCUGGAGGUCGCCAAGAAGGAGGUGGAUGGACGACUGGAGCAGGCAGAGAAGAAGAAUGAGGAGCUGGAGAAAAGAGUCAACGAGCUCCAGGAGACCCAGAAAGAGGUUGCCGUGACGACCAACCCGGCGCCCCCUCCCCCUGCACCUGGGGUUGCCCCACCUCCCGCCCCUCCCCCACAGCCGCCUCCUCCCCCUCCUCCUCCUCCUCCACCCCCUCCGCCACCUCCCCCCUCGAGAUGCAACCCCCUCAGCUCUCUGAUCGCCAUCAUGAGGAAGUCGUCCAAAGGCUCUAAAGCCUCUGUGAAGAUCGAGCAGCCUCCAGCUGGCGAGGGCGACGACGUGAAGGCGAAGGCAGUGAAUGAAAUGAUGGAGAGGAUCAAACAUGGCGUCGUCCUGCGGCCCGUCAAGAGUCAGGAGAGCAAGAGAGCAGCUGUUAAACCACCAGUGAUCUGUGAGGAGAAACCACAGGAGAGCGCCAUGGAGGAGCUGAAAGGCAUCCUGGAGACGGUGAAGCGGAGCCCCAGCCGAGGCUCUCAGGAGGCGGUGCCGUCGCCACCUGGGAAGAAGGACAGCGAGCUGGAGGUCAUCCUGAGACGCCGACGCAACAAGGCGGGAGAAGCUGGCUCUGGAGAUGAGCGGGAGGGCCAGAUGAGCCACGUCUCCUCCUCAGACAGCCUGAACGGGGGGCGCACCAGCAGCGAAUCGGGCAAAGAUCCAGAGGGGCCUGGGGGGCUGACUGUCCCCUUGGAUUCUGCAGGUCCCAGGGUCAGUCCCGAGCGGCGCGGGUCGGGGCCGGGGCCUGUCGUAGCCAGGAGGAAGAGCUCGGACACCACAGGCAGAGAGGCCAGAGUGGGGUCAUGGCAGGAGAGGAGGUCCUGCAGCUCCCUGUCUGAGAAGGAGAUGGCAGGGACUCCACUGAGCAACGGCUGCGUCAUCAGCGUGGGGGACGACCAUCAGAAUGAUCAGAAUGGGACUGAGACGUGCGUCCAGUCUAACGGAGUCAAGCCCAGUGAGGACGAGCACGCCACCGUCUGCGCCGCUCCUGUUAACGGCAGCAGCGACGCCGAGUGUUAGGAUGGAGUCUGAGGAUCCCCGGCUCCAUAUCUGCUCUGUGCUUUUAUUGGCUGAUGUGAGAGUGAUGUCAUCGCUCUGAUUUUCACUCUGACAUCAGCAGGUUCAGGGUGCGAUCACCCGUCUGUCGUCUGUUUAUCAGGUGAAGUUUUGUAUUUGUGUUUUGUUUUUUUCGGAUUUACACAUUUAAAAUCUAACGAGGCGCUGUGAGGUCAUGUCACAUGACUAACAUGUAGCUGAUUCCAUUUCCUGAAGCUUUCUCACCAAUAUGAGUUUAAAUGUCACAAAUGAAGUUGGACUUAGAUAAAUAAAAGAUAAAACAUGGUGGAUGUGAACGCACCCUGACCUGAGUUGCAGCCAUUGUAGAAGCCCUGAGACAAACUGCAUCUGUUGCUCAUCAGUAAUACUUUCAGGCAUCUUAAAAUUAUUCACAUGUAAGACUGGAAAAAGUUAAAUGUCACUCUUUAAUUGAACUUAAAUGAAGUUAAGUAUUAUGGAUUGAAUGUUCUCACAACUCAGUGAAACUACAUGUAGAACAGACACUCUGAACGAUGACAAACGGUGGCGACGGAACGGUCACUGUGGGGCUCUCUACAAUGGCUCAUCUUAUCAGUCUGUCUGUCCACCACUGGAUCCUGGAGGACAGACAGACAGACUGAACUGGACGAGGGAAGCUGCACUUCUUUGCACAGAACCUCAGUUUUCUUCAGACACUUGUACAAUGACUGCAGAACUUUAGGUUGAUGUUCUUUCUGUUUUCUGUUUGAUGCACAGAGGAUGUGUUCACGAUCACUUUGUGUCAUCAGAAGGAAUGCACUGUACUUCUUAGAAUCCAGCUCUCCUACUUCUGCUGCUCCUCUUCUUCUUCACUCUCAGAGCUGCACAGUUGAUUCACAUCUUACUAACAUCAUCAGUGGCGACACUGAAACACAGGUGACUUUGUUGAAGCAUGCUUUUCCUUUCGAUUAGGGCUGGGACUAACUGCUGACAUGAGAACGCUGUUGAUACAAACUGAUGUUUUCAUCACUCUCACAGUGUUUGAAUCAGUAAUCAUCAGUGUGGAAAAAAGUCUAUGCACAAAAAUACUGUAAGUCUCAAGUGCUGCCCCGAGCACACACUGGAGGCGUCACACUGCAGCUCAUCAACAGACGACCACGCAACAUUAUUGCUACUUCACUAAGGUCUUUUCUUCCUCCACCUCUGCAUUAGCUUUUUCAUGUGUCCACCGCUCUCAGUCAAACUUGAUUUUUCACCUGAAUAACUUUUUUGGCCAUUGUCUUUAUAAUGCAGAUAAUGUGGCUCCUGCUAAACACCUCGUGAAGUGUACUGGGCUUUGAAGCCAAUUUCCAUAGUGGCCAGUGGUAUGCAAUUUUUUUCGGUCUGUCACUCGAUGACCUGCGACCCAAAAAGACUUUUUACCAUGGCAAAAGAGACGCCUGUAAAUCACUGGAUACAUUUCUUUGAGCGUCACAAACCCUGCAAAAUGUCUCAUUUUACUAUCGAGAUUUGAUCCAUUUGGUCUAAUAACAUUUGGAGAGUCCAGAAGAGCCUCAAGAUGACAAGGACAUUUAACUGGCCUACUGUCCUUGUCCCAGUACACAAGCACGGGAGGGGAAUCCAUUUAUUGAGCCAAGUAUGUGCGACUCCUCUACGAUAGGUGGAGAUAUGCCCCCUUUCAGCUUGUUAGUAUUGGACCUUUUUCCUGUUGACCUAUUACGUCACAGACCAAACAAUGGACAAACAAGUUACGGUUAGCUACGGUUAGCUAGCUGCUAACUGCUACCAUUGUGGACAACUUUACAGCUCUGUACAUUUGGUCCGUCCAAAAAGUCACGGCUCUGGAUGUAGAUUUCUCCAUGUUGUUACCGGCUUCUUCUUCUCUUACACAUUUAAUGCUAUUGGACUUCCGGGUCAAAGCCCGGGGCGGAAACUGUGGAGCAUGCUCAGAGCGCCUCGGCCAGUUUGGGCUGACUGACUGUAUACAUGCAGGAGUCACAUGAUCUGGGUGUGUUAGUCCCACUGUGAGAAAUUAGAUUUGUACGAUUUCAGUCAGACUAGUUUUCAGUUUUAGUCGGACUGACACAAUAAGUCCAUUUUGUCUAAUGUCAUGUAAACUUACUGACUGGUGGCAGAGAGGUCAGGAGGUCACCAGAUUCUCUGGGGUCCAUAAGUGGACACAAGAAAUUUCAUAGUUUCACCAUCAUCACUCUCCUCAGGCCUCAUCAUCUGCAGGACAAAAACACACCACAAAUUCUUCUCUCAAUGCGAUCAGUAAUUGUUCAUCUAUCAGUCAGUGGUGCCAGCCCUAACUAUGAUAUCAGAAGUUCCACUGAACUUGGUUUUCACUGAUGAAGACUCCACCAUGUGGCUGAGAGCUCCAGAAAAACAAAGUCAAUCGACCUCCCUUCCUGUAAAACUGUUUUCUGAGGUCAAGAACGAACCCUCAGGCUCAAACUGACUGAUGUGUUGAGGUGUGACUGUGCAGCCCUGACUGUCGUCUCCAGGUAUUUAGAGUAUCUCCCCCAUUUAGUCCAACCUCUUCCUGAGUCUGAAUGGAGGGAGGCUGAGUGAAAACAUCCAGGAACAAUAAUUACAACCAGGGUAAAUUUAAAGUACUGUUCAGAACACGCUGCACGAGGAGAGGAUCUGUCCUGUUCCUCCUCUGCAGCUGCUGAGGCUCCAGUCCAGGUUUCAGCGUGUCGACUAUCAGCGUGUCGUGAGGCUUGUGAUGCAUGUGGAACAGAAAUGUGAGUGAUACUUCAGGUUUAGAGAAAUAACCGCAGAGACAGUAGCACACUUCCAACUAAACCACAUCGAACCAAAAUGUUCUCAGGGUCCUCGGGACAAACCCACUCUGCAGGUGUUGACAGCAAAGAAAACUGAAAGCCAUUGUUUUAAAACGAGUGAAGGAUCAGAUCGGCUUCAGAGGAGUGAGGUGCUCUUUGUCUACCUCUCCACAGACACCUGUUCGUCCUCACUUACAUAUUAUGCUGUGAAAACGUCCCUCCACCAGAGACAAGAUGUCUUCCACACGCCUUCCUCACUGAAACUGAGACGCCCUCGUUGUUUCUGUGCUCAGCGUCACAUUUCACCGUGCAUUCCUUGACUUUUAUUUCGUAGGGCUGUACUGUCUAUAUAUAUAAAGCUUUCCUGACACGUGAUGCAACGUUAAUAAGAAUUUUGAAAAGUAUGCAAUUACAUAAGGCACAUUUGAAUGAUGCUUUCACGCCUUGUCAUUCUUUCUUCAAACACAGGAUCACAUUUAAAAGUGCAUUUUGUUCUGUCCAUUCAGUGUAUUUGAUUCCAAUGCAAAGGAGCAGGCAUGAAGGGGUUAAUCAGGCUGCACAUUAAUCAACACACCAGAGCCGCUGAGCUGCAACAGGCCUGAUCAUGAUGCAUACGGAGGCCUUGCUCCGGCCUGCAGCUGCGUUAUGUUUUGGGUCCUCGCACUGAUUGCAUAGUUUGUGGAACAAAGGGAUUUACUGUACCUGACAGAGUUUGGCUGACUAUAGAUAUUGUGUGUGUUUGGGAUAUAA